AUGGCUGACGACAAAGUUCCUGAUUCCUAUAGUGCAACACCUACCUUUUCAAGGAAGAAUGGUUCAAAUGACCAAUGGGUUCUGCGACCAGAUGAAGUCACUUUCAUUGGUGUACUCUGCGCGUGUACCCGUUUAGGUCUCCUGGAUGCCGGGAAGGUAUAUUUCAACCAGAUGACCACGACAUACAGUCUCAGGCCAACAUUCGCACACUAUUGGUGCAUGGAGAAUCUGUAUGUGAGUGUUGGCCUUUUGGAAGAAGUAGAGGGCCUCUUGAAGAGCGUGCCAGAGGAGCUGAAGGCACGUGCAUUGGGUGGUUUGCUCGGGCUGUGCCGGUUCAGAGGGGAAUGGAAACUUGGGGAACGUAUAGCCCUCAGGUUGAUCGAGCUGGAACCAAGCAACUGUGCUCACUAUGCUCUGUUGUGUAGUGUAUAUGCUUCGGCGGGAAGAUGGGAAGAUACUCACAGGGUGAAGGCUAUCAUAAAGGAAAGCGAUGAGAGGUUCAGUCCUGGACACCGUCUUGUGGAUCUAAAUGAGAUUGCUAACGAAUUCAAAACUAGGGAGAGGCAACCUGAGAACCAGGAAAUAUAUGUUAUCCUGGAUGACUUGGUGUCAAAGCUGCAGUUUACAAGCAGAGAAGAUGAGCAAACUGAACCAGGGAUAAAAUAG